AUGAACGAUUCAAAUGAAACUAUUUACAACAGACGAACUCUAUUUCAGCCUAGGUCUUCAUUAAAAGAAACUUUAAUUUCUCCUGCUAAAUCAAAUUAUAACACACAAGCAAGUUCUCAUGACAAUAAUUCUGGUAAAAUGCCUGAUAAUGCUAAUCAAAUUGUAGGAAGAAGAGCAAGAUCAAAUUCGAGAAGUGCCGGAUCCACUUCAAACGAACCUAUGGAACAAUUUUCUAUGGAUAAAGUUAAUAAUAAUACGGAAUCUACAUUAUCUAAAAACACUGCCAAUAUCAUCCAAAUUAACAACCCUGGAAGUCCUGAUCUUGGCUCAGUGAAUGCAUUUAAGGGUUUAGAUGAUACCAAUACCACUAUUUUAAAAUCUAAUGCGAAUAAUAUACCAAAUAUGGAGAAUCUUACAAUGAGGGAAAGAUAUAAUAACAUCGUUGUCCUAAAACCGUUAAAUAGUACUUUUGAAACAAAACAUUUAGUAGUACCUCAUAAACCAGAUGUUAUUAAAUUAGGUAGACCAGUGAUUAAUAAUAAUUCCAAUUGUACUAAUACUUACAAGGGUUUAAACGAAAGAAACGCCCAACAUAAGAAAUCAAAUAUUAGAAAUGAUAAUGGUAAUUUCAAUUCCAGAGUUUUAUCUAGAAAUCAUGCUGCACUUACUUGCGACUCCAAUACAGGAAAAAUAUUCAUUCGUGAUUUAAAGUCUAGCAAUGGUACUUUUAUUAAUGGAACAAGAAUAGGAACCAAUGACGUGGAAUUAUCAGUCGGUGAUGUUAUUGACCUAGGUACUGAUAUAGAUAACAAACAAGAACACAGAAGAAUUAGCGCCUUAGUGGAUAAUAUAUUAUCUGUUCCUCUGGUAAACGAGACUGUUGAUAUGUUAAACAGUAAUACUUUUUUUUCUGAGAAGAGGAAAAACAGCUUCCAAACAAGUAGUAAUAAACAUACCGGUGUUGGAAGUGACGUCGAAUCUAAUCAAGAUAUAGUCUCUACAAAUUCAAAGGCAAAUCCGAUAGCUGAAACUUUAGAACACAAUUAUUUAUCCAAACCAGCCCUUUCGUCGAAACAUGCUGCGUUUGAGGCUGCAAUGUUUGGCGAUGUUAAUAAUAUUGAUUUAGAGAAUGAUAUUUUAGGAACAGAAACUGCACUCCUCAGUGAGAUAUUUAUUGACAACUCAAGCGGAACAAGUGCCAAUCUUAUCAAUAUUAUGAAGAUAUUAUCAACAGAAAUAGCGCUAGAAAAACUCGAAAACCAAAAAUUAAAAGCAAUGGACAACUUUUUGGUCAAUUUCACAGUGAAUAUAGAUAAUAUAGACAAUGAACUUAUUCAAAAAAAUCAAACCCAAAUCGAUGCACUGCAAGAAAAUCUCAAACAUAGGUUAUACAAGAAACACAAUAAGAUAUUAGAUAAUACUUACUUACAGGUAGAACAACUACAAUUGGAGAAAGAAAGGCUGGAAGAAGAUUUUGAACUACAAGAAAAGAAACAAGCCGCAGAGUUUCAGUCGUUAAUAACAGAGUUGGAUACUUUAAAGGAAGAUCUGGGUAGCAAAUCCGUCCUUAAUGAAUCAUUUGGUGUGAGCUAUAAAGAUAGAGACCUUAACGUUAUAAAUAAGACAACGAAGUUUUCUAAUGAAACAAAAGAAAAAUAUCUUGAUUUAUUUGGAGAAAAAUCUGAUUCAUCUAAUUGGAAAAGUGGACUUAUUCUAAUUCUCAGCACUGCAUUUGUAGGAUUUGUGGCAUACGCACUAAAUUUAUCAUCAAAAAACUGCAAUUAA